AUGGGACGUAACAGGCACGUUCAAGCUCUGCUACUCAUCUUCGGUUCCCCGACUGACAUCACAUCAGACUUCCUGGAUGAGCACCCAGGUGGCGCAAAGCUCAUCAUCAAAUGCGCCGGCCGAGACGCAACAAAAGACUACGACUCCAUACACAACCCAGACCUCAUCACCGAAACCCUAUCACCAGACCGGUGCCUAGGUCCUGUAGACCCUGCAACUCUGCCAGGUCCGCAAGAUGUCUCGUCGAACUUCCCCGAAAAGCAAAAGCCAGCUUUUCCGCCUCUAGGCGCCAUCAUCAACGCGGACGACUUUGAAAAGGUCGCGGAAAGAUACCUCUCGCCCAUGGGCUGGGCGUAUUACUAUUCGGGCGCAGAAGACGAACAAAGCCUCCACGACGCGCGACGUAUCUUCCGCAGGCUCGCCCUACGCCCACGGAUCCUCCGCAAUGUCGACUCCGUCUCCACCUCCACUAACAUCCUUGGCCUCCCUUCCUCCCUACCCUUCUACGUCUCGCCCACGGGACAGGCUAAAUACGCCCAUCCCGAAGCCGAGACGCUGCUCUCGAUGGCGGCGGGCAAGGAAGGGAUCAUGUACUGCAUGCCCACCAAGCCAAGCGCCCCGGUCGAGUCCAUCUUCGGCGCCAGGGUCGACGAGACGCAGCCGCUAUUCUUCCAGUUGUACGUUGACCGGAAUCGGGAGAAAGCGCAGGCUAUGAUUCGGAAGGCGGAGAGGUUGGGCGCGAGGGCGAUUUUCGUAACGGUCGAUUCGCCUGUCAUUGGCAAGCGCGAGCGGGAUGAGAGGUUGACUGCCGGCGAUGAGCCCCUUUCGGAGCCCAGCGGCGUGGCUAAGACAACGGCUUCUGGCUUGCUGAAUGCGGGUUUGACGUGGGCCGAUCUUAAAUGGAUCAGAGAAACGACCUCGUUACCGAUUGUCAUCAAGGGGAUCCAAUCGGUCGAGGACGCGGUCAUGGCUCACGGGCACGGCGUGGACGGCAUCGUGCUGUCGAACCACGGCGGGAGGUCCCAGGACACGGCGCAGGCACCCAUGCUGACGCUGCUCGAGAUUCGAAGAUAUGCGCCGCACCUGCUCUCUCAAGAGACUAGAGCUAAGUUCCAGGUGUUUGUCGACGGUGGCGUACGACGCGGUACGGACGUUCUCAAGGCCAUUGCGCUUGGUGCCACGGCCGUUGGCAUCGGUCGACCGUUCUUAUACUCAAUGACGGCUGGCUAUGGCGAGGCUGGCGUGAAACGACUGGUGCAAAUCCUGAGGCAUGAGCUGCAGACUAACAUGGCGCUUGUGGGUGCCACGAGUGUGGAAGAAAUUGUCCCUGAGAUGGUUAAUAGCGAACGUGCUGAAAAGGAGGUUACGGGGAGAGUGAAGUUAUAG